AUGGCUCUUCCAGCUCUGCUCCUGCCUCCGAGUCCUCAUCCGACACCAUCUGAUUCCUUCCGACUUCACCGCUCCCAGCGCUGGCUCCAUGUCCACUUUCCCGACCGCCAUAAUCUCUCCAACUUCUGGGUCCUGCGCAAGGCCUGUGACGUGGUCAUGGUGUGCCGAGCCGCCAUCACGUACACACCCCUCGUCAUGGACGUCCAGCGAUGUCCACCACGUCCCCGACUCUAG